UCCCUCCAGUCCCAUUCCCAGUCCCCCCCAGUUGGAUUAACCCCAUUCCCAGUGCCUCCCAGUCCCGUUCCCAGUCCCCCUCUGUCCCUCUAACCCCAUUCCCAGUCCUUCCCAGUUGGUUUAACCCUUCUCCCAGUCCCUCCCAGUCCCCCCAGUCCCCCCAUUCCCCCCAGUCCCCCCAGUCCCCCGUCACCAUGUCCUCGUGCGCCGAGGUGCUCCGUUUCCAGCUGCCGGGCCACGAGGCGGCGGCUCUGCGCUCCAUGACGCGCCUGCGGGCGGAGGAGCGCUUCUGCGACGUCACCAUCGUGGCUCGCUCGCUGCGUUUCCGCGGCCACCGCGUCAUCCUGGCCGCCUGCUCGCCCUUCCUGCGCGACCAAUUCCUGCUCAACCCCGCGGCCGAGCUGAGGGUGUCACUAGCCCACAGCGCCCGCGUGCUAGCCGACCUGCUGCUGUCCUGUUACACCGGMGCGUUGGAGUUCGCCGGGCGCGAUUUGGUGAAUUAUCUGACCGCAGCCAGUUAUCUGCAGAUGGAGCACGUGGUGGAGCGCUGCCGAGGGGCUCUGGCCAGGUUUAUCCAGGCUCCUCCCGCGCCGCCGCCGCCCCCCAAAACCGAGGAGGAUGAGGAGGAUGAGGAUGAGGAGGACGCGGCGCCGGAUGUGUGCAUUGUGAAGGUGGAGCCCGCGGCGGUGACGGCGGCGACGCAGCCCCGGAGGCGCAAAGGGACGCGGCUGUGGGCGAGCGGAGCGGCCGAAGCGGCCGCAGCGGCUCAAGGAACCGGGGCGGUGGUGGCCGCGGGGCCGGCGGUGGUGAUGGCCGCGCAGGAAACGCCGUGCCCGCCGCAGCUCGGCGUGGUCAAAGCGUGUUACAGCCUGGCUGAGGAYGCUGAAGGAGAGGGGCUGCUCAUUUUCCCCGGGGGAGGGGUCGGUGAGGAGCCRUCCGGCGGCGUGGGCAGCGCGGGAUCGUCCGGAGCGACCGCUGGCCCGGCGCUGACCGCUCCAACCCCAUCCCCGUCCUCCUCCCGCUGCGGGAAAUGCGGCGAAACCUUCCAGGGCGUGGAGAAAUUGGUGUUCCACAUGCGCGCCCAGCACUUUGUGUUCAUGUGCCCGCGCUGCGGGAAGCAGUUCAACCACAGCAGCAACCUGAACCGGCACAUGAACGUGCACCGCGGUGUCAAAUCGCACGGGUGUGGGGUCUGUGGAAAGAGCUUCACGCAGAAAUCCACGCUGCACGACCACCUGAACCUGCACAGCGGAGCGCGGCCGUACCGCUGCUCCUACUGCGACGUGCGCUUCGCUCACAAACCGGCCAUCCGCCGGCACCUCAAAGAGCAGCACGGCAAAACCACGGCGCAGAACGUUCUGGAAGCCGGCGCCGCCGAGGGAGGGGUCCUGCUGCGCUGACCCCCGCGGGGGAGGGCCCGCGGCGCCGGGCGGGGCGGCCACCGGAGCCGGGUCCUCUCCCGGAGCAGCAAAGGGGGGAAGGGGGGAGGGACUGAGAGUGACCCCCAAAAAAUGGGGAGUGACCGCUGGAGGGACUGAGAGUGACCACAGAAUAACGGGGAGUGACCCCCAGAAAAUGGGGAGUGACCACAGAGUGACUGACCCCCAAAAAAUGGGGAAUGACCCUGAACUGAUGGGGAGUGACCGCUGGAGGGACUGAGUGACCACAGAAUAAUGGGGAGUGACCCCCAAAAAAUGGGGAGUGACCCCCAAAAUGAUGGGGAGUGACCCCGAACUGAUGGGGAGUGACCACUGGAGGGACUCAGAGUGACCAUAGAAUAUUGGGGAGUGACCCCCAAAAAAUGGGGAGUGACCACUGGAGGGACUGAGAGUGACCACAGAGUGAUGGGGAGUGACCCCGAACUGAUGGGGAGUGACCCCAGAAAAAUGGGGAGUGACCCCGAACUGAUGGGGCGUGACUGCUGGAGGGACUAAAUGAACCACAGGAGGGAUUGAGAGUGACCACAGAAUAAUGGGGAGUGACCCCCAAAAAAUGGGGAGUGACCGCUGGAGGGACUGAGAGUGACCCCAAAGUGAUGGGGAGUGAGCACUGGAGCAGGAGAGGGAGCGAUGGAGGAACUGAGUGACCCCAAAGUGACUGGGAGUGACCACUGGACACCUGAAUCCUUCGUGGAGUGAUGGGGAGUGACCCCAGAGUGACCAGUGGAGUGACAGAGUGACCCCAAAAAAAUGGGGAGUGACCCCUGGACACCUGAAGUGGAGGGGAACGAUCCCCAAAUUGGGGGAAAUGACCCCAAAAGGAGGGGAAAUGACCCCAAAGUGAUGGGGAACAGUUCCUGGACACCCAAAUCCUGUUAGGGUGAAGGGGAGAGACCCCAAAAUGCAGAGAAAUGACCCCAAAGUGAGGGGAAAUGACCCCAAAAUGGGGAAAAAUGACCCAAAACUGAUGGGAAAUGACCCCAAAAUGAGGGGGAACAAUCUCAGGACCCCCGAGACCCUCCCUGAAGGGGGCAAUGACCCCCAUGGGUGCCUGGGUGAUAAAUUUUGGGGGUCCCGAGUACCUGGGUGAGAAAUUUUGGGGCUCCUGCGUYAAAAUCCGGGCAGAAAAAACCUAAAAAUGGCAAA